AUGGUGGUGAAUGCAGGGCUGUGCAGACUUUUAGUCGUCCUCUUGUCGCCGUCAACACAUCUUCUGCAGACAUUUGCAGCGUCUGCCUCCCCUUUUGCGUACAACCAGUGGGCAACACAAGAACAGAGCACCACACCCCGUUGGAAUGGACCUUAUGACACUGCAACCCCUGCAUAUAGUGAUCGAGGAAAAGAUCUAGGCAUACUUUUCGAAAAUGCCGCAGGGCAGGAGCCCCCCAAGUCGGGGCAAGACGAUGUCUCCAUGGAAGAGCGGGCUUCAGCCUCCCACCAGAAGCCAAGAAUGUUUUUGAAACAGUUGAAGGCACGAUCAGUGGGUAUUUCUCUGCUGCUGCUGCUGAGUUUCGGGGCGCUGGCGCUCGCCAAAAGCCCGAAGUUGUUCGACAGGUUCUCGGAGCACAAAAAGCGAGCACGGGAAAGUCGCAAGAGUGCGAUUUCUCGUAGUGAAGAGAUAAAAGGCAGGCAGGCCCGGCUAGAGGAGAUUAUCCCUUCCGCAGAGAGCCUCGCAAGUGCGAUCGGAACACAGUAUGCCCGAAUGCUGGUGGGCGAGGUUCGCUGCAACAUGCAGCUUGUGGAGUCGGGCACAGACGACCGCAAGAAAGAGGAGGCUCUCUCACGCGCCUUGGUGUCUCUUCGCCAGCUGGACGCUGACGGCAUUAACGUAGUUAAUUCUCUGGUUAAGGAGUAUCGGCGGCUGCCGCGUUUCCCAGUGAUGGGUCUUGGGGAGCAUGACAGGGACCUGCUGCUUAGGCAGCUGGAAGACGAACUCGAAAAUGACGAGCCUGUGUGUCGUUUAGUUCAGUCUUUGCGGUCUUUUCAUACAAAAAGUGAACAGCUUUCUAGGCGCUUCAGUAAAGUCAGCGAUGACUUCCUGAGCGGCGCGCCUUUUGAAGAUGAACUUGAUAGGUAUCGGCUCGGCAUCGCUGCGGGCGUCCUUGAGUACCUCAAGGCGAACUACAACUCGCAGUCACAUAUUCGGUCACUUGCCACAAUGCUUAGAGACGCCACUGUAGAUGGAACGAAGGUACUGAUGAUACGGGACCACCGGCAGUCCUUGAAAUCGUUUGACGGGAGCUUGGGGCUCCUUACUAUUUCCGCCACGUGGAUAGAGGAGAGUACGAAACAAGCGGAUCCGUCGGAUGAACUUGAAAGUACAUUUGCUUCUAUAGAAAGGAUGCGGGCAGAGGCAGAAAUGCUGCGCGAGGAGUUCCUUGCACACUUGGAGGAACUCCAGAGGAGCCGCUCGAUGAAGGCAGCAUCUCAGGCGGCUACACAAGCAGAGAAAGCGAUGGAACAGGCAGAUACCACACUUCAAAGAAUGUGGGAAGCUCUCAAAGGACUGAGAACGCCUAUGCUUCUGAUGAGCGGCAACAGCAGGGACCAGCUUUGUGAUGAGGGGAAACGAAUCCACGAUGAAGUCGUUGCAGAGAGCAGGGCGAUAAAAGGCCUUGUAAGUGAUGUCGUAAAAAAGGUUGAAAAGUUCUUGAAGGAGAAACGCAAUUCCCCCAAAGAUUCUGCUCAUGUGCUCAGUAGAUCGAUAACAACCACCAUGUUAUUGGAAAAACAGGAGCUCGAGUCCCAGGCCUCACGCACUGUAGACCGCUCUGCAGAAAUCUUGGGGAGUCUACAGCGUAUAAGUGACCCAACGCAUGCAGUAACUCUCCUAGUACAGAUGAAGGAUCACUUAGUAACUCUCACGAAGUCAGCAGCCGCGGCGCGGCUGCUGGGCUUACAGUUGACAUUCUUGCGCAUGCUGGAGAAAGACAUAAAGUUCCAAGAAGACGAGGCGGCAUCAAAAUCCGCUUACUGCUUCGGUACGGACACCGCUGCGCAGGUAGAAAUGCAGCGCCUGAAGCGACAGUUUGAUGAUGAGUGCGAAAAUGCGAAAUGUGCGAAUACUUUGGCGAGAGUAGAAGAUCACGUGUCAGCCAUGCGGCAGCUCCUGAGUUCAAUGGACGCUCUCAUUGCUGAUAAUUUGAAGAUAUAG